AGGGCGGGCCUGGCGCGCGGGGUGUGCUCUCGCCGGGCGGGCCUCCCGGACAGGGCCCGCUAUAAGGCCGGCCCGAUCUGCGACACGGACCAUCCGUCGACCGCUCCCUUCGCGCUUUGCUGUAUCAGUGCGCUCCAAGCCCAGCCCUCAGCCAUGGCGUGCCCCCUGGACCAGGCCAUCGGUCUCCUUGUGUGCAUCUUCCACAAAUACUCUGGCAAAGAGGGUGACAAGAACAGCCUGAGCAAGAAGGAGCUAAAGGAGCUGAUACAGAAGGAGCUCACCAUUGGCUCGAAGCUUCAGGAUGCUGAAAUUGCAAGGCUGAUGGAUGACCUGGACCGGAACAAGGACCAGGAGGUGAACUUCCAGGAGUAUGUCACCUUCCUGGGAGCCUUGGCUAUGAUCUACAAUGAGGCCCUCAAGUGAUGAAAAUAAAUUCAGAAGGUGGAGACACCCUCUAGGGCGCCCGUGUGAGUCAAAUCCAGUGGUGGGUAAUUGUACAAUAAAUAUUUUUUUUUUUUUGGUCAAAUCUA